AUGGACGAUUCCUUCGAUCAGCUCUCCCCAAGGGGCAUCCCCAAGUUUGCGCCCAGCACCUCGUCCGACAACCUUUCCACCCCAAAAUGUAAACGCCCACGAAUGGCCUUCGGAUCGCAUGUGCGAGUGCUGAAGACACAAGGCGUCACCCCAGAACCCGAAUACAACAAAAUGACCGAUGACCAGGUGAAGGGCGAGCUGGCCAAGCAUGGACUUCGCCCCAUGGGCCGGAAGAAUGCCGUGAAACUUCUGCAGCAAAUCUACGAGAGCACCCACCCGACCGUUGACCCCGACGAGGCGGAGAAAGCCGGGCCGUCAAAUAAUGCUGAAGAAGAGUCGAGCGAUGGAGCACAGGACGAUCACAGCGCCGACGAAAAUCUCGAGGAAUCUUUCAUUUUCGACGGGGAUUUGCCGAAGGAUCUUGACGGCAUGCAACGAGCCCUGGUCACAUGGCUGCCUGAAGCCAGUUUCCUUUCAAGAACUCUACUUGCGGAUCAAACGGGCCGACUCCGCCGUCUGCAAGAUGAGCCGAAAAGCGCUGCAAACAAUUCUGGAUCGGCUCUCGGUGUUCUACAGCCUCCCGAACACGCGUUUCAGACGCGGCAAAUAGUGAUGUCUGGCAUCUACUAUCGUGAAAUCGACGUCGCCGGAGACGCUCCCUUGAAAAUAGCACAGGAAUUAGACACGGACGUUGGCGGCGUGAUCUGGGACAGCGCGCUGGUGGCAAUCGCUUACAUCGUCAAGAAUCGAUCCAGAUUUGCUGGAAAGCGGGUCCUCGAGCUUGGCGCGGGUACGGGAGCGUGUGGCUUGGCUUUAUCGUCCAUUGGCGCCAAUGUUGUAUGCACCGACUUACGCGAGCGAUUGCCGUUAAUUGAGCAGAAUUGGAAAAUCAACGAGCAUUUGCUGAAGGGCGGCUCAUUUGAGUGUCGAGAGCUUGACUGGAAUUCGCCAGACACUUCGCUCAGCGAUUUUGACUACGUUUUCAUGAUCGAUUGUGUUUACUACCUGUCAAGCGUGCCUCCGCUACUCGCGCUCAUUUCAACGAUUUCACCCGCCACGACGAUCAUCUGCAUCUUUGAGAAGCGCGAUAUUGGCGAGCCCGUACAAGCUCAAGCUGAGUUUAUGGAAAAGAUUUGCGAAAUUUUCAACGUUUCCGCCAUUCCACGCACUGAAUUGGAUGCAGAAUACGUGUGUGAUGACAUUCUUUGCAAUUAUUUAUCCAAAAAUAAAGACUUU